AAUGUCAAACACAAUAUGUCAAAGAAACUUUUUCUGUGAGUUGUGUCCGGUUGAUUUGUUUUGUUUUGGAAGCAGCUGUAAAGAUUCUCCAGCUAAAACCGUGUCAAAUUUAAUUGUCCCACAAAUAUGCCCUCCACGGCAGAUUCUCAACUCAUUCAGAACUUGGAAAAUCAAUUAGGUCGACUGUGUUCGCAGCUGAGUGAUUUGGAGGAAUGCAGGAAUGACUUGACUGACGAUGAAUAUAGUUCGAUGAAGGAGGAGACCGUCGAUCAAAUAAAAGAAUUUACCGAAACACUUGAUCGAAUGAGCAAAUCGUCAGAGAUUUUGACCAGCAGUUUCUCUCAAAUGCGAAAGACAAUACGACAGGCUAUUGCGAAUUCUUUCAAUACAAUCGAAAUGAUAAAAAUGUUCGGCGAACAAAAUGCUACCGAAAUGGAAUCGGUACUUUUGGGGCUCGAUCAGGAGUAUCGUUUGAAAAAGAUUCCAGUGGAUGAAUAUGAAACCAAAAAGAGUGAAAUUUUGAUGAAAUUGAAGAACCAAGGACAUCCUCUGUCGAAAGAGGAUAACAAUUUUUUGGAGAAAAGGAACAACAGUUUUUAUUAUCAAAUGGAACAAUUGCCCGAUGACGAUCAUGAGUAGAAAAUAAGUUUUCUGUGUUUGCAUUUUUAUAUUUAAUUUGAGUGAGAAAUAAUGAUUUUGAUUGGAAA